AUGAGGGCAUUCUCGCUGCUGACGCUGUGCGCACCCCUUGCCGAGGGUAUCGCCUUCAACUCGGAGGCCUGGAGCGCUGGUCAGAAGGCCGACAACAAGAGAGUCGACAACGCAGACGGGCGUAUUUCGACCCUGUCGCUGGACGCCCAGGAGUUCUUCCGCAACCUCGAGAACGCGUCGUCCAGCAGGCCCGUGCUCAUGCCGCCGGGCGACUUCCGGAAGGCGCUGCAGGAGUCGAGUCGCCGCCACGGCAGCUCCAAGCGCCUUGCGUUCGUGGAUUCCGUCGAAGGCGUCAAGGAUGGCGGGGAGUUCCAGCCCUCGGAGGAGUUCCAGAGGGCUGGCGGGUCCCAGGAAGAGGCGGCCGAGCUGCCCUGGGGCGUCGGCACACCCCGCACUGGCGACUCGUGGCCCGUCCACGAGUACUCGGCCAUGCACAUGCUCGACGUCCCCCACUGGGUCGAGUACAGCCUGGAAACCGGGGAUAACAUCCAGACUUUCAGCAACGCCUGGCAGGACGUGAAGCUUAUAACGCAGGUCCUCGAAAAUGUCACCAAUGGCUUCUACCUGGACACCCACGGCGGGGAUGGCGAGACGAACAGCUACACGCUCCUGCUCGAGCUCACCGGCUGGCGCGGCCUCAUACUCGAGCCUCAAAUUUACGAAUUCGCAACGCUGUGGGGCAAGCUGCGGAAAGCGUGGAUAUUCCUCGGGUGCGUUUCGCCGACCGGGAACGCCACAAAGAUCGGCUUCGACACCGAGGGCGUAAUCGACAUGGAGAGUGGUCAUUUCAUCCACGCCUACAGCAUCCCCACCUUCAUGGAAGAGCUGGGCGGUCGUAAGACAAUUGACUUCUGGGCCGUGCACAAUGGGCAUUAUGAGGCAGAGGUCCUGAAUGAGACCUUCUUCUAUUCAGGGAAGAACAUCGAGUUCGGCGUCGUCUUGGUCCGCUUCGACGGUCGUCGCACUGGUCGUGGGUAUCAGUACUUUGUUCAGCACAGGUCUAAAGACGCUACUGAAGAGCUCAUCUUUGAGAUCAUGCAUAACGCCUCCUUCAAUUACAUUGGCGGCCUGGACGCGUAUUGGAUCAAUUAUGUCGAGCCGCGCUUUCAUUAUAUGGACCAUGUGUGGGUGAACCCUGCGUAUUUCGAGAGGCGCGGUCUUCCCGUUCCCACUUGGACCAAGUCGGCGCCCCCGCCAAAACUAGAGUACCCCCGCCAAGGCCACCUUAACGUCCCAGGACUGGACCAGCUGGAGCAGUGGGAAGGCUCAGGUUCAAGCCCUGGACCGCACGUGUAUGGAGAGGCUACCGCUCUCAAGGCGGGGGCCAUCCCGUUCAGGUAUGGAUCCCCGGGCACUCCGUACGGGCAUGGGGAGUGGUACGGAGGAGGAGGCGGGGGGCAAUGGGAUCCUCGCUGGAACUGGGAUGCGGGCUACACCUACGAUCAGGAGGUCAGCAAGGUGAGGGCGUACAUGGCGAAGGCGAAGCAGGACGCCGCGGCCACGGAGUCGGUGGCCAAGGCGCACCGCGUGGCGCCCACGCGGCUGUCGUCGGUGCGGGCCGGCUCCUCCGAGACCUUCGGCAGCGCGCGCGGGGACGGCUUCGCCAAGAGGCUCAGCUUCACGGACUCCGCGUGCGCGUGGUUGUGUAGGGCGGUGGGCGAGCCGUGGUUUGAGGGUCUGAUCGCCGUUCUCAUAUUGGCCAACUCUGUCACCAUCGGCUUCGAGGUGGAGAAUCUGACUGGGCGGGCCCAGUUCUACCUGCCAGUGAAGGGUGCGCUCGACAACUUCUUCGCGACCGUGUUCCUCGCGGAGUUGUGCCUGAGGGUCGCCGUGGUUGGCUGGAGGAGCUACGUUCCAGGCUGCGGUGCGCCCAAGCGCAUCUGGGUCUGGAAUCUUCUGGAGGCGAUCGUGGUGCUGGUGUCGUGCGCGUCGGCCUGGUUGCCCGGUUUGAAUGCCGCUGGGGAGGCGACGCUGCAGGUGGUCACCGUCCUGCGCGCAAUGCGCCUCAUGCGGGUGGCGCGGAUCGUGUCGCGGGUGCGGUUCUUCCGCGAGGUGUGGGUUCUCCUCCGGGGCCUGGUGGGCAGCGUGCGGGUGCUGUUCUGGACUCUGGUCGUCAUCUUCAUCGUCACCUACAUCUUCGCUGUGUUCGGCGUCGCCCUGCUCAGCGUCGAAAUAGAGGCAGCAUAUGCCGACAUGCUUUCUGAGAGGGAGAGGGCCAUGCGCAAUCUCACUGAGCACACGGACUGCAGGAAGGCGGCCGAGGGCGCACUCGCAUGGGCGGGAAGCAAGCCAGAAUUCGUCCGACUGGAGACCUUGUACCGCAGCACCCGUGGGAUCUGGCAAUGGAUCUUCACCCUGCUCCAGGUUCUCACCGUGGACUCCUGGAACUCGAUCGCGCGGCCCAUUCAGGACAUAGUUGACUUCAGCUUUGUGUUUUUCUACCUCUACAUUGCGAUCGUUGUCUUUGUCCUGAUGAACCUAGUUACGGCCAGCUGA